AUGCCAUCUAUUGCUCUCAUAUCUAAUUAUUGGAACUCACUGUUAUUUUUUCCUGCUCUCUCCUCACACCCAUUUGUUCAAUUCUGCAGAAUAUGUGUGACAUUUAUUGAGAAGGAUGGAGAGGAGAAGGUUAUUAAUGUUCCAAUUGGAAUGUCUAUGUUAGAAGCUGCCCUCAAACAUGACAUAGAUAUUGAAGGGGCAUGUGAAGGAUCGUGUGCCUGUUCCACAUGUCAUGUAAUUGUGCAGGAUAUGGAGUACUACAAUAAACUAGAAGAUCCUACUGAUGAGGAAAAUGACAUGUUGGAUCUUGCUUUUGGGCUAACUGAGAAGAUCGUGAUUAGUGCUUUGGAUCGUUUAGAGAAGAAGUGA